AUGGGUGAGUGUGCUGCUAAUGGAGAUGACAAUGAAGAAGAGUCUGAUGCUAGUGAGGCAGAAUAUGAUGGUAGUGAGGAAGAAUAUGAUGGUAGUGAUGAGGAUUACAAUUCAGAUGCCUUAGUUACUGUAGGUGUGAAUGAUGAUGAAGAAUUUGUAAAAAAUGUAGAUGUGAAUGCAGAGUAUGGAGGGUUAGUAAAUGUAGAAAGCCAACCCAAACAAUCUGAAUCUACAUUUGGUAAUGAAGUCAACUAUUCUGAUGAAGGAAGCUUGAUAGGCAGUGAGGAUGAGGCAGCAGGGUUUAAAUGGACAAAGUAUUUACAGGACAUUGAAGGUAGUUGUCCUAAAUUUGCAUUAGGAUUAACCUUUAAAGAUAAGAAGGAGUUUCGAGAAGCUAUAACAAAUUAUGCAAUCAAAGAGGGGAAGGAAAUGAAAUAUGAAAAAAAUGAUAAAGUGAGAUGUGUGGUGAAGUGUAAGCAUGAGAGCUGUCCAUGGAAAGUUACCCUGAGGUAUGAUAAAGAUGAUAAGUUUUGGAAGAUAACUGUGUUAAAUGAGAAACAUGAUGGUUGUGUAAGGACUAAAAAGAAUUCAAUGGUGAAUUCCACCAUUGUUGCAAAAAGAUGGAAACAAGAGAUUAAAGGACAUUUGGAUUGGAAAACAAAUGCAUUUUUAAAAAAAGUUUGCAUUGAUGACCAUUACACACUAAGUAAGAAGCAAGCAUGGAGGGCUUUAGUCAAAGCUAAAGGUGAAAUAAGACAUGAGGCAGAAGACUACUUUAAUAAGAUCUGGAGCUACUGUAUGGAGAUAGAAAGAACUAAUCCCAAGUGUACUUAUAAAGUGAAGCUGAGUGAGUUGCAAGAGGAUGGAAAAGACAGAUUUUUGAGGAUGUAUAUCUGCUGGGAAGCAAUGAAGGAAGGGUUUAAGCAUUGUAGGAGAAUAAUUGGCCUAGAUGGGUGUCACCUAAAGUGUAAAACUGGAGGCCAAUUAUUGACAGCAGUUGGAAUAGAUGGGAAUGAAAGUAUAUUCCCAAUUGCUUAUGCAAUUGUAGAAGGUGAGAACAAGAACUCUUGGACUUGGUUUCUAGGUUUGCUAAAGACGGACUUGCAAAUUCAUGACAUGGUACAGAAUGAGUUCACAAUGAUGUCAGACAAGCAAAAGGGUCUCAUAGAAGCCUUUGAAGUUGUGUUACCCGGGGUUAGGCAUAGAUUCUGUGUUAGACACCUGCACUGUAACAUGAGGGUGGCUGGUUUCACAGCAAAAACAAUUAGAGAUGCCUUGUGGAAAGCAGCAAGGGCCACUACAGUCAAUUACUUUACUGUGGCACUACAAGAGUUAAGAAAUCUAGAUGAAGAUGCCUUUGCUUGGCUUGCUGAUAAACACCCAUCUGAAUGGAGUAGAUCCCACUUCACUGGAACUUCCAGUUGUGACAUUCUGGUUAAUAACAUUUCAGAAUCAUUUAAUGCAAUGAUCUUGACAGCUAGGGAAAACCCUGUGAUUAAUUGUUUGGAGAUAAUUAGGAAAAAAUUAAUGUCAAGGCUAUUUGAGUUUAGAUGUAAAGCUGCUGAAUGGAGUGGAAUAGUUUGUCCAAAUAUUGUGAAAAAAAUAGAUGACAUUGAGCUUCUUGCAGGAGGACUAAAUGGCUAUCAGUGUUCUCCAAUGCUCUUUGAGAUCCUAGGGACACAAUCUGGGCAGUUUACUGUUGAUUUAGGUAGAAGAGCUUGUUCUUGUAGGAAAUGGGACCUAACUGGAAUCCCUUGCCAACAUGCAGUUUGUGCAAUCUGGAUGAAACAUGGAAAAGGACCUAUUUGGCAUUAUGUGGAUUCCUGCUACUUGAUUUCCACAUACAAGAAAACUUAUGAGGGAUGUAUAAAUCCAAUGUCAGGUUAUGAAGAUUGGCCUAUCACUAGUAGACAACCUCCAUUGCCACCACUGUAUAAAGCAAAAGCUGGAAGACCUAGAAAAUUGAGAAUGAAGUCUAAAGGUGAGAUCAGUAAUGAUGGUGUGCAUUUGUCAAGAAGACAUGUUACUUUACAUUGCAAAAAAUGUAAAGAAUUAGGCCAUAACAGCAGAAAAUGUCCAAAAUACCCUACUGUGAAGCCUGCCAAUCAGUUCAAAAGAAGAACAUCAAGAGGAGUAGCUGCUGCUACUGUCCAGGCUGAUCAACCUCAACUCCAGGCUGCUGCUACUGUCCAGGUUUCUGCUGCUACUGUCCAGGUUUCUACUGCUACUGUCCAUGAACUUGAUGUUAUUACUCAACCUGAAGUUGAAGAUAAUCAAUGGGAGAUUCCAGAUGAUGUUUUGGAUGCACAUUGGCACCAAAUCGAAAUUCAGACACAAGACAUUGAUGGAGGGGCUUCACUAAGUAACAGUAUGGAAAUUCCAGUCAUAACAGUUCCUUUUGAACAAGCAGAAGGGAGUAAAGGGAAACAAGUCAUGCAACCCAAUAUCCCAAGAAAAAGAACAGCCCCAAUGAAGUUAGAUGGGAAGAAACAACCAGUGAAGAAGUAUGCUACAAGAUUAUAA